ACCCUAUAAUGGGUCCAUUUUCGAGUUUUUAUAGGUUUUUCAAAAAGUACUCAUACAAAAAUGCAAAUUUUCCUAAAUUUCUCCGAAACCGGUUCCAGCAACCCCGUCAUAUGACCACUUGUUGGAUAGGUAUUUUCAUAAGCUUUCAAAUGAUACCCAUUUUAUUGAUAUCGGUUACGUAGAACCGGAUACAAACCGGAUGUUGUAUUCGAACUUUUGGGUCGAAUAACCGGGUAACCGGGUAUUUCCCCCACAAAAAAAUUACAUUGCCGUAAUCAGGUUACAAAUACCUACCUGCGGUAAAAAUUUCAAAAUGAUCCGAGCAUAGCCCCUAAACUCAACUUGCUCCAAAACAACUUUUUCAAUCAAUCAGUCAUGGAUGUGUGCAGCAAAUUUAUUUAUUUAGUUUGUCAUUUUCCCUUAAUAACUGAGUUCCCAAUUCACAGUGAAUGUUAGUUUGAAAGAAGAAGAUCUCUUUUGUGUUUUUCCCGGUCGUUUUUGUAAAAUAAUCUUCCUCCCGCUUUCACAUCAAUGGAAAAGGUUAAAAAGCAACUGCUUCAGGCAGCCAUCAAUCAUGGCAGUAUGCCAAUGGAUAUGGUAACAGAAAUUAUUGCGAAACUAUGCGAUGCAUACGAUGUUCGAGUACCCGAUAGUCCAACAGCUUUAAAGGGAGUCAUUGUAGAGAUUGAUACAGAGCUGCGAAAAUAUGAUCAAACCUUACAGUUUGUCAAACAUCCACUGGAUGGAACAGAGUAUUUGGUGUUUGGCAUGCUUACUUCUAAUUUGGCGUGUAAAUUUCAACCCCAGUACACGGAUACAGAACGCAAUUAUUUUCACAAACUUCUCGAAUCGCUGGUUAGCAGUGAUGAUUACGGAUUUGUUUGGAAUGAUAUAUAUAGUGUCGCCAAUCUCAUACCGGCCAAUGUACAACGACCCCUGACCAAACAGCGUAUACAAGAUCUAGAAUCCAUAUGGACGGCGCAGGGAUAUUUUUUGCAAAAAGAAGAUAAAAUCUAUUUGGGACCGCGUACCAUGGUGGAGUAUAGUAAUUAUUUGAAACAGCAUUUUCCAGAUUUUAUAAAAGAUUGUAUUCUAUGCCAACGCAUUGUUUAUUGGGAUGUAAAAUGUUCCGAGUGUCAGGUGAAAUUGCACCGAGAAUGUAUUAGAAAAUACCUCAUCAAAAAAUCAACAUGUCCUGGCUGUAAGAGAACUUGGAACACACGCCUAAGUUUGCCACAAAAUAAUUAGCUGGGAUUUUUAUACUCU